AUGUAUGCUCAACAUACUCAUAAUUUGCAUCAACCGGUUCCCACCCAAGUGACGAAGAGAGAAUCAAUCAAUAGAAAUGGUGCCGAAGUGGAUGCAAGGUUGAUGCCGGAUUAUUUCAAUGAUGGUUGCACUUGGGGAUCGAAAAAGUUCCAUGGACGUCUAGGUAUGUAUCGACCCCUUUUCUUAAAAAUUAUGCACAAAAUAUGUGAGGUUGACCCCGACUUUCGACAAAGAAAAGAUGCUGCAAGAAUUCCAGGUCAUAGGCCACACAUGAAAAUGUAUGCCGUUAUGAAGUGUCUUUGUAAAGGUAUCCCACCCGAUAACAUUGAUGAUUAUACCCGAAUGGCUGCUUCAACUAUUUACUAUUAUAUUAAGAAGUUUUGUGAUGCAUUUAUGUUUUGGUUUAAUGUGGAAUACAUGAGACAUCCUACUGUGAAUGAUAUCAAGUGGAUGAUGAAGGAAAACACAGCUAGAAGCUUUCCAGGAAUGCUUGGUAUCCUGGACUGUAUGCAUUGGGGUUGGAGGGUGUUUCCGAUGGACGAGGCGGGAACACACACAGGCCAAAAAAGUUAUCCCACCUGUGUUCUUGAAGAGGUUGCUUCUAAGAUAGGUGGUUUUGGCAUGGGUAUUUUGGAGUGGGUGGAUCAAGCAAUGGUCUUAAUGUUUUGA